UCCAGUUUGCAGAUGACAUGCAGGAGUUCUCCAAGUUCCCCACCAAGACCGGCCGGCGCUCCCUGUCCCGCUCCAUUUCCCAAUCCUCCACCGACAGCUACAGCUCAGCUGCCUCAUACACAGACAGCUCUGAUGAUGAGGUGUCACCUCGAGAGAAGCAACAAACCAACUCCAAGGGCAGCAGCAACUUCUGCGUGAAGAACAUCAAGCAGGCAGAGUUUGGGCGCCGAGAGAUUGAGAUCGCCGAGCAAGAUAUGUCAGCUCUGAUCUCACUCAGGAAAAGAGCCCAAGGGGAGAAACCUUUGGCUGGAGCUAAGAUCGUUGGCUGCACCCACAUCACGGCCCAGACCGCGGUGCUGAUCGAGACGCUGUGUGCGCUGGGAGCUCAGUGCCGCUGGUCUGCCUGCAACAUCUACUCCACCCAGAACGAGGUGGCAGCUGCCUUGGCAGAAGCUGGUGUUGCUGUGUUUGCCUGGAAAGGGGAGUCAGAAGAUGACUUCUGGUGGUGCAUCGACCGCUGUGUUAACAUGGAUGGGUGGCAGGCCAACAUGAUCCUGGAUGAUGGUGGAGACCUGACCCAUUGGGUCUAUAAGAAGUACCCGAGUGUGUUCAAGAAGAUCCGAGGGAUCGUGGAGGAGAGCGUGACUGGUGUGCACAGGCUCUACCAGCUGUCCAAGGCUGGGAAGUUGUGUGUCCCAGCCAUGAAUGUCAAUGACUCUGUGACCAAGCAGAAGUUUGACAACCUCUACUGCUGUCGGGAGUCCAUCCUGGAUGGCCUGAAGAGGACCACGGAUGUGAUGUUUGGAGGGAAGCAGGUGGUGGUCUGUGGUUAUGGGGAGGUUGGCAAGGGAUGCUGUGCUGCCCUGAAAGCCUUGGGAGCCAUUGUCUACGUCACGGAGAUCGACCCCAUCUGUGCCCUCCAAGCCUGCAUGGAUGGAUUUCGGGUGGUGAAGCUGAGCGAGGUCAUCCGUCAGGUGGAUGUUGUCAUCACCUGCACAGGGAACAAGAACGUGGUGACCAGGGAACAUCUGGAUCGGAUGAAGAACAGCUGCAUCGUCUGCAACAUGGGCCACUCCAACACCGAGAUCGACGUG